GACUGUUUUGCUUGAAAGUUUGAUAUAUUUUGUUUUUGCUAGAUUGCAGAGUUUAUUCCUGUUGAGUAAAGAUACAAUUAAGAACAGAUUGUGGAUGCAUUAAUGAUGUAAAUCAGGUUAAGUUUAACCUAAUUUGUUAUUAUUGAGUGUUUAAUAUUCAGAUCUGUGUCAUUUUCUUUCAGUGACAGUCAUCAGCUUGUUCUUCUCCUCUGUGUCAGCCAAUCACCACCUCAGCAAAGAUGACAUCAGUCUUUCCAUUAGCUUUGUUGCUCUGUUUGUCCAGUGGACUGUUGACUGCAUAUGUAAGUACACCCUGCCCUCCUGGUUGGAGACAGUUUGGCUCUCGCUGUUUCGGUUUCCACAUGCAGACAAAGACCUGGAUCAAUGCAGAGAUUUUCUGCCAGAACGCUGGUGGGCAUCUUGCCUCCAUCCACUCAGCUGCUGAACAUGGAUUCAUCAGAAGCCUAAUUAACCAAGUGUCCGGCGCAAACACACAGGCCUGGCUCGGAGGCAGUGAUGCAGUGCAGGUGUUUAUGUGGUUGUGGACUGAUGGAUCCCAAUUUGACUACACAAGCUGGGCUGCGGGGGAGCCUAACAACUUCCGUGGAGGGGAGUUCUGUCUUCUGAUGAACUGGAAUGGAAACUCCUGGAACGACGGGACUUGUAACUCCCGGCUUCCUUUCGUGUGCUCCAAGAACCUGUAACUCUACCACACCAUCAUGAUGCCUCUCCAGCUCAUCUAUAAUCUCUAUCAUUGAUUCACUUUCAGUUUGUUCAGCAGACAGAAACAGCUCUCUGCUGACAGAUGACUCACUUUCACUUGUUUAUUAUCUGAAGAGUUAGGGAACAGUUCACAUUUGGGUUUAAGAUUAGACAGAAACUGGCUCACUGAGCUGGACAAAAACUAAUCAGUAAUUGGACUCUUAAUCUACAGUAAAUAACAAAAUUUAAAAAUACAUAAAACAUUUGAA